AACUUCAACCAAGACGAAUUCAUUCAAAGCCUCUACCGCCCUUACAUUUCGGACCCUCACAGCUCCAACGAUUCAUACACAAAAACAUAAAUAAACCAAUACCAAAAAGAAGAAAAAAAAAAAAACUUCCAACUGACGGUUCCCUCCCUUUCUCUCCCUCUCCAAACUGCACGUUUCGUUUCCUUCACUUUCUCUCCAUUUCCCUCACUUUCUCGGAAAAGAAGAAAACGAAUAAACAAGACGAAACGAAAAGUGUUUUUCGUUCCAUUUUUUAUCGCUGAGAAUUUUUUUUUUUUUUGUUUUGGUCCAGCAACGGGCCAUGUGAUAUGUCGUCCGGUGGUAUAAACAACACAACAAACGUCGUCGGUAGCCCAUUACAACCAGGUAGUGGGCCCAAAGCGACAAGAAGACGCGUGGCAGAAUUGUUUGACGCCGACAGGCUUUCUUCCGAGUAUUCAUAUUACAUAUCGGACGAAGAGGACAACUGUAACGGCUCUUUUGCUGGGGUCCACAAUCACAGCCACUUCCAUCAUCCUCAUCAUCAUCAUCCAUUGAUUAAGUAUCGUUCUUUACGCAGACAAAUAUUCUCGUGGGUGCCCGAGACGUGGCUGAUUAAGAUAGAGGAUAGGAUUCAUCAUUGGACGGAUACGAUGCUUCAGAGUUUGAGAUUCGGACGGAGCUUGGCCCGGAAAAUUGUAUGGGCAUUUAUGUUGUUGGCCUUGGUUUCAGUUGUUUUUAAGGUUUCGUUUUUGAGUAGUUACGUCGAGAUUAAUGGCAAGAGUGGAGAAAAUGGCCACGUCUUCUUGCAAACCAUUAAAGAAGAUUGGGCUUCCGCUCAGCAUAUUGUUGCUGAACAUAAUGAACCCUCCAUGCCCAUGCGAGUUCUGGAAAAGAUAUCUACUCCGGAAAUCUGGAUGAAACCCAACAGCGAUAAUUUUUAUCAAUGCAUAGCUCCCUCUAAGAAUCAAAAAAAGACAAAUAAGAACACAAAUGGCUAUCUUCUAGUUCAUGCUAAUGGAGGAUUGAAUCAAAUGAGAACUGGGAUAUGUGAUAUGGUGGCUGUUGCAAAAAUAAUGAAUGCUACUCUUGUUCUUCCCUUUCUUGACCAUGAGUCAUUUUGGACCGACCCAAGUGAUUUCAAAGAUAUUUUUGACUGGAGACAUUUCAUGAAAGUUCUAAAAGAUGAUAUUGAUAUAGUGGAGUAUUUGCCAUCACGCUAUGCUGGGAAGAAGCCCUUAGUAAAGGCUCCCGUUUCAUGGUCCAAGGCUAGUUAUUACAGGAAUCAUAUGGUCCCAUUAUUAAAGCGGCAUAAGGUGGUAAAAUUUACCCACACCGAUUCAAGACUUGCCAACAAUGGCCUUGCAUCCUCCAUCCAAAGGCUUAGGUGCCGUGCCAAUUAUGAGGCUCUCCGGUACUCCAAGGACAUUGAGGACCUUGGAAAAGUUUUGCUUGAUAGACUUAGGAACAAUAGCACGCCCUUCAUUGCUCUGCAUUUAAGAUAUGAGAAGGACAUGCUUGCCUUCACUGGCUGCAGCGGCAAUCUUACUGCUGAAGAGGCUCAGGAACUUAAGCUAAUGAGGUAUACUGUUAAACAUUGGAAGGAGAAGGAGAUAGAUGGAGUAAAACGGCGACUCCAAGGGGGAUGCCCAAUGUCCCCCAGAGAAGCAGCUCUGUUCCUCAAGGCCAUGGGUUACCCUUCCACCACAACCAUUUACAUUGUUGCAGGGGAAAUUUAUGGUAAGAAUAGCAUGGAAGCCUUCCGUUCAGAGUUCCCAAAUGUCUUUACUCAUUCCACUCUGGCCACUGAAGAAGAGUUGGAGCCCUUCAGACCAUAUCAAAAUCGCCUUGCUGCCUUGGAUUAUAUUGUGGCACUUGAAAGUGAUGUUUUAGUUUACACAUAUGAUGGAAAUAUGGCCAAGGCAGUGCAGGGGCAUAGGCGAUUUGAAGGGUUUUCAAAGUCCAUCAACCCUGACAGGCAAAAUAUUGUUACACUUGUAGAUCAAUUGGAUGCGGGUGAAAUAACUUGGCAAGAGUUUUCUUUGAUGGUUAAAAGUUUACAUUCAAACAGGCUGGGAGCACCGUACCCUAGACAACCGGGAGACUCACCCAGGCAUGAGGAAAAUUUCUAUUCAAAUCCUUUUCCUGGUUGUAUCUGCAACAGGACUCGGGAACAAAUUACCAGCCUGAACCAUGAGAAGAUGUUGAAUGCAAGAGCUGCAUCACAAAAAUAGAGUGUUUUUUGGCAAGUAUAAAUGUGGCUCACACUUGGAUUACACAAAUCCGUUGCUUAGUAGGUGGCUGGUAGUAUGGGAGAAUUCGAAAUUGACUUGCAUUUUGCCGGAGAAUGUAGCAGCCGCAAGCAGGGUCCAGAAAGUUUCUAAGACUUCUCAUAUUCGGAGAAUGCUAGUUUUAGUUUUUGUUAUACGGAGAGAGGACCAAUCCUGCAAUUAGGAAAGCAGAAAAGGUCAUGUAUAAAUCUGAGAGAGAUUAGUUACAGAGGAAUAGGGAGAACAUACGAGAUACAAAAUCCCUGUUAGUUAUAGCAUUCCAUUUAUUUAUUAUUCUUUUCUUAAUUUGGUACAACCAAAUUAGGCAAAUUUAAAUGUACCAUUCGAUAUGGUUCAUAAUAGAAAUUAUUAUAUUUUUCUCCAGA